AUGGCGCCAAGUCGCCAAACUAUGACCAUGCUAGCGCUGGGAGGUGUUCCCGCAAUCAUCAUCUUCAUCUUUCGACUUCUUCAGGCGAUCAAGGUCUCUCGAAAACGAAAGGACCUUGAGGAGAAAGCGCACAAGCGGAGGAACGAAUCGAUGCAACAGAUUGAAAAAGUAGUUGCACUGUCCAAAGAAGGAUCCAAUGAUGAGCCGGGCGAUGCUGUCACCAACAUAGCGUACAAAGACUUGAAAGAAAAACUCGAAACAGGACAGCUCGCAGCUUAUGAUGUUGUGAACGCCUAUCGAAGAAAGGCCGCUUCAUUGCACAAAGAAUUGAAUUGCCUCACCGGAUUCAUUGAAGGUGCGCUUGAACAAGCAAAGACUUUAGAUUCCCUAAGAACCUCAGGCCAGUUGAAAGGCGUUCUUCAUGGCAUUCCUGUCAGCGUGAAGGAGACGAUCCUUCUCAAGGGUUACGACAGUACAGCAGGUAUAGCAAAACGAUGUGGAAUACUUUCAGAGGAAGACAGCGUCGCCAUUGCUGCAAUCAAGGAAGCCGGAGGCGUUCCAUUUUGUAGGACUAAUAUUCCUCAGACCAACUUGUCCUACGGAUGCAGGAGAAUAUCUCGGAGAGGAUCUUUUUCUGUUCUUCCUGGGCAGACAGGAGUAGCAGCUUCCUUUGGGCCUAUGGCAAAGGAAGUAGAUACAAUUGCAGCAGCAAUGUCAGCGUUGGUUACCUAUUCGAACAAGUAUGAUACAUUCGUGGCUCCAAUCCCAUGGAGCUGGGAUACAUACAAUGCUAGCUCAAAGCUCAGAAUCGGAUACUAUGUCGCGGAUGGCUUCAUAGCCUCAACUCCUGGUGAGUUUGCUCCCGCACCGACAUCCCAGUCAUACAGAGAGGCAGCGUGUGCUCGGGCGGUCAGGGAGGCUUGUCAUGCGAUGAGAGCUCGCGGACAUCAGAUUAUCCCCUUUAAACCACCUCAUGCUAUCAAGGUCUUCGAACUUCUCCAAAACGAGACAGUAGAUGGAAGUUUAAGAGCCUUCGUAGAAGGGGUGAGAGUGUCUGGAUCAUUCUGGACUGGAAAACUGCUGCCAAAAGCUCUAAGGAGACAAGGGAAGAAGCGAGUUGCGGAUCUGCUGGAGUCGCAAGGAAUAUGCUCGACAGAUGAGCUUUGGAAAGCGCAGAUUUUCAACUUUCUCGAUUUUCCAGCAGGAACUGUUCCAGUUGGUACUGCCAAUACAGAAGACGAACUGGCAAUGGAGGACUGGCCACACAAUACGUUGAAGGAGCAGUUCGGCGAUGACUUGCAGAGGAUGAUUGAUUCUAACUUGGUAUACGGUGAACAGCAUGAUGCGGUGGAGGCAAUCGUUCGUUCUAACUGUCAAGGCAUUGUUGGUCUUCCCACGGCCGUGCAGUGUGUCACCUUGCCAUGGAAGGAAGAACUCUGCCUACGAGCCAUGCGAGAAAUUCAAUCGGCUCUUGGCAAAAAUGUGCCGACACCUUGCUUGUAA